AACCAAUACCAAACAAGUUGGUCUUAUUUUUGGCGUACAGUUUUGUCUUUCAAGUGACAAGAGUUGCGCUGGAGCUAAUCUCUAUAGACACAAGAGUUACAGAGCUCAUAUUGUUUUGGAAACACGCAACGCAACGUAGGCAAACGAUUUGUGGAGAUUAUGUAAAUUAGUCGUGUGUUGUCUUUUUUAGACUUGUGAUUUCUAGUUGGACACAGUGGCAAGGUUGGGAAACACCACAGGAAGUAGACUCUAGAUCUAGCCUACUACUCUUCAAUUUAGAAGAUUAGCUGUGUGUAUCUGUGAAGAUUGCAAAUAUAAUCAUAUGCAAAUAUAAUCUAGAUUUAGAUUAGCAUUAGAUCUAGAUCUAGAUUUGGAAUUUCAUUAGCUGUACUUGGGUUUUGUUCUUGUUUCUCCAGACAAGUUCUGUGUAUAUUUCCAAUGGAUAUCUGUCAUUCAUAGCGGCUGUGGCGGUUAUGUUUAGCAAUAAACUGUGAUAAUCAAAGCGCACUAGAUCUAAAUGAUAUUGUGGUUACUUUGUGCAUGUGGAACCAAGAUUUUGGGUCUAUAGAUCGAGCAAUAGAUGUGCUGCGGUAUGAAUGAUGCCUACACGUUUAGGCAAACUGUUUUGUGGCACUGCCUGAGUUUGUGUCAUGAUGUCUAGAAGAAAACAAUCCAAUCCUAAACCAAUCAAACAUGAUGGCGAUGAGGAUACUUCCGACAAGUGUGACGUAAGAGAAGGCGAUAAAGAAACAGACAGCAAUGAACAUUCGCCAGUCAACUCCGAGGCAUCUCCAGAGAGACAUACUGGCGGCAUCUGGUCACCUGAAAGUGGCAAUACUCUAACGGACCAGGGGACGUGUGGCUAUGACAAUAUGGAUGAGAGCGAGUGCCAGGAUGGACAUUCAGUGACGUCGGAAGAUUUAAAAGAAGAACAUGGGACCGAGCCCGGCAAUAGAAGUCCUGCGUCAGAUCAACUCUCUUCGAAAUCCCCGGACUGUGCUCGGACAUCAAAAUGUGAUCUACCUGAACAAUCUCCCGACACUGGCAAAGAGGAAGACGAUGUUCAGUCGAUUGUCAUCAAAACGGAGCCACCGUCAAGCCCGUCUUCCGUUGUCAAUGACAACGAAUCACGUGAUGCUGUCUAUCCUCAAAACAUUUCCGCAUCUUUCGCAACUCUCAAUGGAUCACGUGCUCUUAGGCGGAGGCGCCGCUCACGUUCAAGGUCGAGGUCAAAAUCUGGAGGUGUGCCUGCCUCCCCCGAAGCCACGUCCACCUUAACCCAGACGAGGGAGGAGGCGGAGCGAGCGCUUGUCAAUCGGCUGCAGUUGCCAAGCGACGUGCUGUACUUCCGGCAACAAGAAAUGAACAUUCACGGUACGCCCAGUGUUAGCUGGGUUGUCUGUUGCGCAAUACCACUCCCACAAGGCUCAUCCUUGGGGCCAUUUCAAGGUCAACUUGUUCCACCAGAAUCUGUCAAAGUUGGAGAUCUGAUUGUCCAAUUCACCAACAAGAAAGGUCAACAAGCUUUAAUGAAUGUAGCUGGUCAGUCUGGUGGCUGGCUGGCUUUGCUGAGAUCUGCUGGAACUGGAGCAGACAGGAAUACACACGUCUACUGGGAAGGAGGCAGGAUCUGGUGUGAGAUCAUCUCUGACAUUGAUAUUGGCACAGAGCUGAGAGCCUCUUUCACUUUCCAGAAUGAGGAUGAAGGAGAAGAUGUGGAUGUGGAGGAAGACAGUCUGGGCUCCAGCAUCAAAGAUGAAGUGAGUGGCAGUGAGGAGAGCAGCAGCAACUACAGCAGCCUCCAGCAGCACUCACAUCAACAGACUGCAGCACCUGGUCAUGCUGCACUUAUCUAUGGCUGCCCAUUCUGUGGUGUCAGAUUCUCAAGUCCCAGAACUCUCCAGGGCCACUUAAGUUUUUAUUGUUCCAAGAAGACCUCUGAACACAGCGUGACUGCGUCUCCUAAAGUGGCAGAAAAGAAAAGUAAUCCAGGAAAAACUGAAGAUAUAGUUGUGAAAACAGAGCCGGACUGUAGUGGUGACUCUGUUACUAGUGAAUCAAAACAGGACAGUGGUGAAGCUGAAACACUUAAAGACGAUUUACAAAAAGAUCGCAGCACACCAGGACAGAUUACUUUCAAGUGCAAAUAUUGCUCUUACAGGGCAGACAAAUUGAGUAGUCUUAACAGACACAUGAGAAUGCACAAUAAUGACAAAAAUAAAUCCUUGGCUGUCAUUCCCAAUAUAAGAUCUACUGAGAAAGAACCAAAAGCAAAGUCUGACAAUAAAAGUCUCCGCAUCAUCAAAUCUCCAGUGCUGGAAACAUUCUGUAAAGAAUGCAGGAUUCAGUUCUCUAGUCUGCAUACAUACAAAUGCCACAAGGAGCAUUACUGUGCACAAAGAAGAAAAAAAGCUUUAGCCAAUCCUUCAGCAUUUGAAGCAAUGUUUCAUUCCCCAUUCUCUUUUGCUGAGGCUGCAAAUGUUGGGAUUCCAUCUGCUCUACAAAUGGCAGCAUUGAAUCAAGGUGGGCUUAUUCUUCCAGGAGCACCGGGUGAGGCCAACAUUCCAAGUGGUGCAUCUGUCCUUGUGACAGCUCCAAUGAUGACGACCAAUGGAAUGGCAAAUAUUACAUUAUCAGUACCUGCCAUGCUGGUCCAGUCUGUUGUUCCUGGGCAGGACACAAGGACUCCCUUGACAAGCCCCAGAGUUGCUUCAACACCAGAACCUAAAGAGGCGCUUCCCUCUGCAUCUCAUUUAUCCCCAAGACCACAACUUCUUCAUUUCUUAAGUCCACCACCACCUGCAUUCUUAAAGAAUGAUUAUUCUAUUCGUCCUGAGGAUCUUUGCAGAUCUAAGGAUUCAGUUACAGCAGACAAUGGUACUGCUGACAUCCCUCUAGAUUUGUCUGUCACAAAAGUUAAAACAGAAUCAUCUAAUGGUGGAAACAAAUCUGAACCUAAGGAAAUUGUUUCUUUUCUUCAGCCAGACAAAGAUGGCGCUCUUGAUGCAAGAAGCAUUAAACGAUUUUCCUCUCAAAGCUCCACUUCACCAGAAAAUAAAUUGAAAGAUCUAAAAGAUGAUUCUAGUUCUUUUAACAGCAGAAAGAGUUCACUCACCACUCAGAGAGAUGAAUCCAUUGAUAUAAAGAAAGAAACAACUCCACAGCAUUUUCUCAGAUCUGAUCAUCUUUCUCCUGGAGCAUCUCAGCUACUUCCACAUCCAUCUCUUCUAGCAUCAGCUGCUGCUGCAGGCUUCAUUCCUUUGCCAGGGCUCACAUCAUUACCAAUCUCACCAAAGCACCCUCCACCAGUAGCAUCAAGUAGUACUUCUAGCAUUAGUAAAUGUUCAGAUUGUAAUAUUGUGUUUUAUAAAUAUGAUAAUUAUCUCAUUCAUAAAAAACAUUACUGUUCAGGGAAACGACGCUCAGUACCAGUACAAGCUUCUGAAACUCUACCAGUAGCAACAGAUCUACCAAAUCAAAAGGAAAUUCAUUCUAAACAGUCUUCCCCUGAGAUCCCCACAACAAAUGAUGCACCUGGAUUGCAGUUAACAGCUAAAAAAUCUGACAUCCAAGCUUCUCCUUCUUCUUCCAAGAGCUCUACUGAUGUCAAAUACAAGUAUUAUUGUGUUCCAUGCAGAAUUAAAUUCAGCAAUGCCAGUAUUCUAGAGGCUCAUAAAGAAUAUUACUGUCCAGCUGGUAAAGACAGUGAGCAGUCUGUCAUCUUGCAAUCAUCUUUAAAUGAAUCAACUUCAGUAGACUCACCCAAAGAUGAGAGGUCAGUGUCACCAGAACCACUCCAUGAAGAAUUUUCUUGCCAGAGAUGUAACAGCGUCUUCUCAUCAGCUAGACUUCUACGUCUCCAUGUAUGUGAAGGAGGAUUUCCAUGCCCUCAUUGUGAUCAAGUCUCUAUCACUGACAACAGGCUUGCUGAACACAUGAAGAUUCAUGCUCCAACCAAGGCUUACCGGUGCACAAUAUGUGGCUACAGGGGAAACACUGCUAGAGGAAUGCGCAUGCAUGGCAAAACUCAUAUAGAUGAAGGUCUUGACUUUACUGAUGAGAAUAUGCUUGAGUAUCAUGAGCCCGCUCUAGUGCCAGUGGUGCACAGCUCACAUUCAGGGAGCACAACAGACUCAGAACUGCUCAGGCUAAAAAAUGAGCCAUACAAAAGGCGCAGAUCCAGAAAAGCUUAUGAAAAAUUUGAUUACCCUCUUCCAAAAGUGGAUGUUCCUCAAACUUGUUUAUUGUGUGGUCAAAAUUUCCCCAAUGUAGAUUAUUUAACUUCUCAUUUUAAAGUUCAUGAAAUAGCUUCUCAGUAUGUGGCUGGGCUAAUGAAAUGUCUUAACUGUGAGUACAUUGGCAAAGAUCCUGAUGACCUUAGAUCCCACUUUGAGUUAAACCACCUUAGUGGCAGUCGAAAUAAGCAAAGACGCUUGUCAACCCAAAGCAGUGAAGAUGAUCUGUCAAACUUAAGUCAAGACAGAAGGAUGCCUCAAAAGCUAAUGGUUUUAAGUGACCCCAAUUCUUCUGAUGAUGAAAGAUCCUCAGAAAGUUAUGAUUUUAAAUUCAAAACCAAAGUGAAGAGUGAACCAAUGGAGGAAGCUGAAGGUAAUGACAGAGACAAUGUCUUAGAUGAGAACAAUGUAGAUGAAGGCAUGGACUUGCAGCCUAGUUCAAAUAUCAGCACCAUUCAUAUAAAACAAGAGGAACCUGAUGUAGAUCUAGAGGUAGAUGAUGAAGAAAGAGAGCCAGGGGAACUUGUUAACAGCCUUCGCAUUAAGAAAGAAGUUUUAGAUGAAGAAGAGACAUACUGCACCAAUAGUAAUUCCAACAUGGGCAAUAACAUGGAAUGUGAAAAAGUUUCUGCUAAGGAAAACAAUGUAGACUCUCCUAAACCUGAAUCUAGUGUGAACUUGUGUGGAAAAAGUAGUUCACUCAAAGAAGAUCUUCUCAGAACUCGAGAUGAAAUCACUAGAAAUAGAUCUCCAAGUCCCCAUUCUGUAGUCAUCAAAUCUGAAAGAAUUUCACCACAGUCACUAAGCAUGACUCCAAAUUUCUUGGUCAACUUCUCCCCCAAUGGCACACCAGCUUCAGCUGGGCCAGCCCCUCAAUCUUCACCAUUAACUUUUUCCCCAUUUGAUCCUCCACCUUCCACGUCAUCAGCUGUGUCUCCAUUUCACCCCCAUCCCCUGGCAUUUCCCUAUUCUGCGCCACCACACAUGGCCUUGCCCUAUGUGUUCCUCCAACCUCACUUGUCCACUUCACCCCUUCCCCUGGGUUUGAAGCCAAGUCCCGGGAGAGAGGAGAGACUUGGAGCAGGAGCUCGCUACUGUCAAAACUGUGAUAUCUCUUUCUCCAAACCUUCCACAUACUUGGCUCACAAGAAGUAUUAUUGCACAGCCCGGCCCAGAGGCGAGUCUCAGCCAUCAGCUAAAGCAUGAAAUGAGCUGAGAUCUAUUCAAUGAUAUAAAAAAAUAGUUUAUAUGUUAACUAUGUAUUCUGUUUAAGCUAUAUAUAUUAUAAAUUACAUACAUUAUAAAAAAAUACAAAUGAAUAUAUUUCAAUUAUUAUGGUUAGUUAGCCAGUUACUGUAAUUAUGUGUAUAUUAAAAUGUUUGCAUUGCUGAGUUUAUUAGGGAAAGUACAAAUCUUACUUCAUUUUUUGUUUGAUUGGAGGCUAAGUUAACAAAAAGAUUUUUGUUACAAAUUUAUUUUAAAAUAGAACUUUAUACAUUAGGGAUUCUUAACAAUUGCCCAUUUAUAUUUUUACUUUUAGAUGGAAUACACAAUUCACUUAUCUCAAAUUUGAAAUAAAUAUAGAUAACAAAGCUAUUGGAGAGUGAGUCUAAUGAUCACAUCACAAUUUAUUUUCAAAAAGAAGUUCUUUUUUUUAUCUUUUUGCAGUUUUGUUGUGACUUGGAACACAUUACACUAUAAAUGAAGAAUAAGACAAAUGGUCUAUAAAUUCAUUAUUAUAAUCACAAUGAUCAUUUACAAAUAUAUAUCACUAAAGAGAAGUGAAGAAAAUCGUCAUUCUUUUCAUUGAUUGAAACAGACUUCAAUCCUUGGCUCAGUCUUAUCAUUGAUUGAAACAGACUGCAAUCCUUGGCUCAGUCUUAUCAUUGAUUGAAACAGACUGCAAUCCUUGGCUCAUUCUUAUCAUUGAUUGAAACAGACUGCAAUCCUUGGCUCAGUCUUAUCAUUGAUUGAAACAGACUGCAAUCCUUGGCUCAGUCUUAUCAUUGAUUGAAACAGACUGCAAUCCUUGGCUCAGUCUUAUCAUUGAUUGAAACAGACUGCAAUCCUUGGCUCAGUCUUAUCAUUGAUUGAAACAGACUGCAAUCGUUGGCUAUCUUAGAUUAAAAAAAAAGCCAGAAAUAAAAUGUUCAUAUAGUUUUUAAGUAUGUUUGGUAAUCUUGCAACUAUCUGUUCUGUUUAGCUACAUAUGUGUCAGAUCUUAUAAAUGUGUUCAUAUUUCCAGGAGUUUACUUUUUGAGCUGAGAAAAAUGUUUUUCAAUGUCAGAAUUCUUGAAAAGUUUUUCAAAUGAUGAUCUUUCCAUGGAAAUUCUUUGGUUGUGAAUUUUUUUGUGUUUUUCACUUCUCAAACAAGUUGUUGAUGUUUUCAUGGAAUCUUUUUUUGUUCUGGUUUAUGUAUUGCUCAGAGCUUUAUGUCUUUUAGAUAUGCUUUAGAAGUGGAUACACUUCUUAGAUAUCACUAAAUAAUCUUUAAAAGUGAUACACAUCUUAGAUAUCACUAGAUAAUCUUAAGAAGUGAAUAAACUUAUUAGAUAUCACUAGAUAAUCUUUAGAAGAGGAUAAAAUUAUUAGAUAUCACUAGAUAAUCUUUAGAAGAAGAUAAACUUAUUAGAUAUCACUAGAUAAUCUUAAGAAGAGGAUAAACUUAUUAGAUAUCACUAGAUAAUCUUUAGAAGUGGAUAAACUUUUUGGAUAUCAUUGAGAGUUUAUGUUAUUUGUUGAGUUUAGGAAUUUUUUUACUAUUGUAAAUUAUUUACUAGUGUAAAAUUGAAGAUAUUUUUUUUUAUGGUUGAUAUUGGAGUUGGUUUUAAGUUAAUGAUAAAGGUUAAUGUGGUUUUUUAUCUGGAUUACAUUUUUAGUUUUUAUUCAUUUUUAUUUGAUAUAAAUUUAAUGAAAUUUCUAUCACACAUCUGCCAGCCUUUUUGAAAUAAUAGCCAUACAUUUUGUUUGUUUUCAAUUUUUUUUUAUUCCACACAUAAACAUAUCUCUAUUCAUUGAAGUAAAAUUAACAGAAAUGAACUUAACAUUAACAUAAUCUAUUUUAAAUUUUCAUUUUUAGUAGUUAAACAAUUUAUAAGUCAAUUUUCGUCUUUUACAAAAAUUUCCAUUUUGCCAAGUUUUUUUUGUUUCCUUUAAAAUACCGUUACUUGACUUCCUAGUUUAAUGGCAACAACGGAUUCGUCAAUGUUAUUAACUACGUCUUAACACCAGAGAAACAUACACUCAUGAUCAGGGGCGUAGCAAGUUAUUCAUGACCAGGGGCGUAGCAAGGUACCAAGAUACAUUGAUAACAUGAUGGACCUUGAUGUUUUAACCUAACAAAGAAAAAUAAAUUGUCCUCCUGUUUGCAUCAAUGCAUUUACAAAAAGACAUUCCUAUGUAUCUACCACCUUGUACAAGUUAUGAUGCUUACACAUUGUAAAAGUCUGCUUCAGAAACAUAAUGGACCAGCUCUCUAUGUGGGCUUCUAUUAGACAUGGUCCUGGCUGGAAUGGACUCCUUCGCGCCAUGGUUACUACGCCACCGGGUCACAUGGCCUGAGCCUACAGAGUGGAUCUCUAGACACAUGUUUCUGUUCGCAGGCCUAAAUAAAUAAAAAGGAGGACACGAAAACCAGUUGAUAUAUAAUAAGUUGAUUUCUAGACAAAUUAAUGUCAUGGAGCAUUGUGCUCCUUAGUUCUAAGCUUUUAAGUACGUUAGUGUCAAUAGAUCUCUGAGCUAAUUACCUGCUUUGUGGGACUUGAGUAAGCCUACACUACGGAGAAGUAACUCUUGGAUGACACCCAGUCUAAACCCAGUGUUGAGUUGUCAAACCUACAUAUUAUCUUAUUUUUAGUAUCAAUUACAGACGUUAAUUAUGGCUUAUGCUGUGUAAAGGGGAGGGGGGCGUUUACUAGGACGUCUGUAACUAUCUCGCUCUCGCUAUGUUCAUGUAGAGUAAAGGAUUGUCUUUUGACAUUGUUUUCAUUGACUUGCUCAUCUAUAUCACGUGAGCUAAAUAUUUUCCUUUCCUUGAAUUGAUUCAUCGUUUCAGUUCUGUGUAAAUAGCGACUUACAGGAUUGUGUGUGUGUGUGUACAAACUUUCAGCGACAGACAUGAUUGUGUGUGUGUACAAACUUUCAGCGACAGACAUGAUUGUGUGUUUAUGUACAAGCUUUCAUUUGUCAAUGAAGUCAUACUGUUUCUUCCCUCAACUUCAUACAAAAUCAGCUGAUCAUUCCAUAGCGCCAUCUAGAGCUACAGAUUCAGCUGCCACAAAGAUGAAUGAACACUCUGUAACUUACUGCAGCACUCUGUAACAAGCUGCAACACUAAGUAACAUACUGCAUCACUCUGUAACAAGCUGCGACACUCUGUAACAUACUGCAUCACUCUGUAACAAGCUGCAACACUCUGUAACAAAACACUCUGUAACAUGCUGAAUCACUCUGUAACAAGCUGCAGCACUCUGUAACAAGCUGCAACACUCAGUAACAUACUGCAUCACUCUGUAACAAGCUGCGACACUCUGUAACAUACUGCAUCACUCUGUAACAAGCUGCAACACUCUGUAACAAGCUGCAUCACUCUGUAACAAAACACUCUGUAACAUGCUGAAUCACUCUGUAACAAGCUGCAACACUCUGUAACAAGCUGCAUCACUCUGUAACAAAACACUCUGUAACAUGCUGAAUCACUCUGUAACAUGCUGCAUCACUCUGUAACAAGCUGCAACACUCUGUAACAUGCUUCAAUGUUUGGGAUUUUGACUUGGUCUACUUGUGGAUCUACUGACUAAAAACAUGACUAUCAUAUUGGUCUUUGAAUCUCGAUUUUUAUUUACUUCCUACUAAAAUGUUUUGAACUAAAUGAUCAUAUUCUAUGUUCUCAAAUACUGUGGUAUACACGAUUCUCGAUUGUCUUACAAUUCUACGUUAUCAGAUACUGUGGUAUAUAUGACUAUCUUACGGUUCUAUGUUCUCAGAUACUGUGGUAUAUAUGAUUGUCUGACAAUUCUAUGUUCUCAGAUACUGUGGUAUAUAUGAUUGUCUGACAAUUCUAUGUUCUCAGAUACUGUGGUAUAUAUGAUUGUCUGACAAUUCUAUGUUCUCAGAUACUGUGGUAUAUAUGAUUGUCUGACAAUUCUAUGUUAUCAGAUACUGUGGUAUAUAUGAUUGUCUGACAAUUCUAUGUUCUCAGAUACUGUGGUAUAUAUGAUUGUCUGACAAUUCUAUGUUAUCAGAUACUGUGGUAUAUAUGAUUGUCUUACAAUUCUAUGUUAUCAGAUAUUGUGGUUUACAUGACUAUCAUACAAGUUUCUGUUAAAAUGUGUGUUUAUGACUAUCAUAUGAUUCUAUGUUAUCUUAUACUGAGUUAUGCAUAUAUUCUUUGUUAGAGAUUGCAAUGUAUAAUGUUAAAUCCUAUGUUGUACCUGAAGCGUUCUAUCACUAGAUAAGAACAAAACUUCCUUCAAUACAGUUGAACUAGUU